AUGCCCCAUAAAAAUAGAACGUGCAUCGUCCCGCCCCCUAGAGACAACGAUCUGAACCCAAUGGGUGGUCUACACAAGGAACUUGGCGACAUCUUGGGGAGGAUGAAGAUGAGUCGUGUGCAGUGGAUCGACCUCAAGGUUGGUUGCGAAGUAGCGCCCGACUACCCUUUCCAAGUCCUUUACUUAAUCGGCGCAUGCGUGUAUCAGAAAACGGCACUGCCACUCGUACAGACGCUCCUAAAUCCUAGUGCACCAUAUGGGGAGCAAGACCUUGAGAAAGUUGCCAUCGUCAUCAGCGAAACAACCAAAGCUCUUCCGUUCCUCAAGAUAUACAAGGACGGAUGGCCGAUCAGAGUUUACCUGGCCCGGUACUUCUACGUCCGUAUGUACAGAGGCCGCAAGACUUGGCCAUCUGUCUCUGUCGAACAUCGGGAGUCAGCACCACCCCAAAACAACGCCGUUUCUCAAGUUUCUCCGUCGACUAAGCAGAUUGGUCAGCGGAUUCGCGAAGGUAGAAAAUCUGGUGAUAAGCAUGAACGAAAGAAGCAAGACCCCAUCGGGCCGAACUUCUCUCUAUUCUUCUCCAGUAACGACUAA